GGAGCCUUGAAUAACGAGCAUUAUGGGACUGGAGAGGUGAGUCUGAGACUGAGACUGAUAAUUUCUCCUUUUUCGCUUUUGUUCUCAAUCUCUGGGUGAAGGGAGUUUAGUUUAAGCCAUUAAAGAUCAGAAGAAACCUGCUGUCGAUUCACAUUCUUUCUUUUUGUUACGUUCGCUUUGGGUCUGUGGCCAUGGCGUCUGUGGUGUGGCUGUUCUCGUUCUGGUUUGCAUGCUUUUCACUGUCGGUGAUGGCGAAGCGGACUUACAUAGUGCAAAUGAAUCACCGGCAGAAGCCUUUGUCAUAUGCAACCCACGAUGACUGGUACUCGGCGAGUCUUCAGUCUAUAUCCUCCAACUCUGAUGAUUUGCUUUAUACGUAUUCUACGGCGUACCAUGGUUUUGCUGCGUCUCUGGAUCCUGAGCAGGCUGAGGCGCUGCGGAAAUCGGAUUCGGUUAUGGGCGUUUACGAGGACGAGGUUUAUAGUCUUCAUACGACACGGUCACCGGAGUUUCUGGGGCUGGAUACUGAAUUGGGGUUGUGGGCUGGGCAUCGGACGCAGGACCUGAACCAGGCGUCCCAGGAUGUCAUCAUUGGAGUUCUCGACACUGGAGUGUGGCCGGAUUCCAGGAGCUUUGAUGAUUCCGGCAUGACGGAGGUUCCAGCAAGGUGGCGCGGCAAAUGCGAGGAGGGUCCCGAUUUUCAGGCUUCGUCCUGUAACAAGAAACUUAUUGGGGCUCAGAGCUUCUCCAAGGGCUACCGCAUGGCCUCCGGCGGGAAUUUCGUGAAGAAAUCCAAAGAGAAGGAGUCGCCGCGAGACGUCGACGGCCACGGCACCCACACGGCGAGCACCGCAGCCGGCGCACACGUGUCGAACGCAAGCCUCCUUGGGUACGCCAGCGGAACAGCUCGCGGGAUGGCCACACACGCGCGUGUUGCAGCCUAUAAGGUGUGUUGGAGCACCGGCUGCUUUGGUUCUGACAUUCUUGCCGGAAUGGAUCGAGCCAUAGUUGACGGCGUCGAUGUGCUCUCACUCUCUCUUGGCGGCGGCUCCGGGCCUUACUACCGUGACACCAUCGCCAUCGGAGCUUUCACAGCGAUGGAAAUGGGCAUUUUCGUGUCUUGCUCAGCUGGAAACAGUGGCCCAAGCAAAGCCUCAUUGGCUAACGUCGCUCCAUGGAUAAUGACCGUUGGAGCUGGAACCCUGGACAGGGAUUUUCCGGCUUACGCACUGCUAGGUAAUGGGAAGAAAAUCACCGGCGUAUCUCUCUACAGCGGUCGAGGCAUGGGUAAAAAACCGGUUUCGUUGGUUUACAGCAAAGGAAACAGCACCAGCAACUUGUGUCUGCCCGGUUCGCUUCAACCGGCGUACGUACGAGGGAAAGUGGUGAUCUGUGACAGAGGAAUCAACGCUCGUGUUGAGAAAGGCUUGGUGGUGCGCGAUGCCGGAGGCGUGGGAAUGAUACUCGCUAACACUGCCGUGAGCGGCGAGGAGUUGGUGGCAGACAGCCACUUGCUUCCGGCAGUGGCCGUGGGGAGGAAGGUGGGUGAUGUGCUCAGAGCCUACGUGAAGUCAGUGGCGAAUCCGACGGCUCUGCUGAGUUUUGGUGGGACUGUGUUGAACGUCCGGCCGUCACCGGUGGUGGCGGCGUUCAGUUCGAGAGGGCCCAAUCUGGUGACUCCCCAGAUCCUGAAGCCCGAUCUGAUUGGACCGGGUGUUAAUAUCCUAGCAGCUUGGUCUGAGGCUCUUGGGCCCACUGGGCUGGAGAAGGACACGAGGAAAACUCAGUUCAAUAUCAUGUCAGGUACAUCGAUGUCUUGCCCACACAUAAGUGGGGUGGCCGCGCUGAUCAAAGCGGCACAUCCAGAAUGGAGUCCAAGCGCCGUCAAAUCGGCUCUCAUGACUACUGCCUACACUCGUGACAACACCAAAUCUCCUCUGCGUGAUGCUGCGGAUGGUGGGUUAUCCACACCAUUGGCGCAUGGGUCCGGCCAUGUUGAUCCACAGAAGGCUUUAUCUCCGGGCUUGGUGUAUGAUAUCUCAACGCAAGACUACGUCGCAUUCCUUUGCUCAUUGGACUACACCAUCGAACAUGUGCGAGCCAUCGUCAAGCGGCAGAACAUCACGUGUUCCAGGAAGUUUAGCGACCCAGGGGAACUUAACUACCCGUCCUUUUCAGUCCUAUUUGGGAGCAAAGGGUUUGUUCGGUACACCCGAGAAUUGACGAAUGUGGGAGCUGCAGAUUCCGUCUAUCAAGUGGCCGUGACUGGGCCUCCAUCCGUGGGGGUGGUGGUUAGGCCUUCAACGCUCGUUUUCAAAAAUGUAGGGGAGAAAAAGAGAUACACAGUAACAUUCGUGGCGAAAAAGGGCAAAAAGGUGCAGAACCGCAUGACUAGGAGUGCAUUUGGCUCGAUUGUCUGGAGCAACACCCAGCACCAAGUUAAGAGCCCAGUUGCCUAUGCCUGGACACAGUUGUAACAACAUUUGCUGAGUUUUCCUUCUUUAUGGGUUAUCCUAAUCUGCGGUCUGCCUCGCUGAGGCAAAAUGGCUCUAACCCAUGGGGGAACCAGGGAUGGAGAAGCUAGUUGAGAGGAUGGUGGAGUGAAAGAGUUGCACCAGAAAUUUGUAUUUGUUUGUUAGGAAACUAAUAUAAUUGAAGGGGGCAUACCAAAUUUAGCAUAAAGAUUUGGGCGCAAAAUCAUCUGUUUGAAGUGAACUUUUGCACAAACUCUUAGCUUGUGCAUUUGACAUCAUUUAUAGACAAGGCCUUCGGUGUUUUAAACCUCAA